GCGAAAUGACAUUUCCUCUCUUCGCCUCACUCCGCUCGAGCCGGGGCCCCUCCGAGACAUGGCCGCGACGGGAGAUGCGAGUAAGUGUCCGCCGCAGGCGCCGAACGGCACCCCGCCCGCGCCCCCCGUGGCCGGGCCGGGGCCCGUGGACGCCGCCCACGCGUGCAGCAUCCUCCAGCAGCUCAAGACCAUGUACGACGAGGGCCAGCUGACCGACAUCGUCGUGGAGGUGGACCACGGGAAGACCUUCUCGUGCCAUCGCAACGUGCUGGCGGCCAUCAGCCCCUACUUCAGAUCAAUGUUCACUAGCGGCCUUACCGAGAGUACGCAGAAAGAAGUGCGUAUAGUCGGCGUUGAAGCCGAGUCAAUGAAUUUAGUAUUGAACUAUGCAUAUACCUCCAGAGUCGUACUCACCGAGGCCAAUGUCCAAGCUUUGUUCACUGCAGCAAGCAUCUUCCAGAUCCCUUCCAUACAGGACCAGUGUGCUAAUUAUAUGAUAAGUCAUUUGGAUCCACAAAACUCUAUUGGAGUUUUUAUUUUUGCUGAUCACUAUGGUCAUCAGGAGCUAAAAGACCGAUCGCAGGAGUACAUUCGUAAAAAGUUUCUCUGUGUCACCAAAGAACAAGAGUUUCUCCACCUGAGGAAAGAUCAGCUCAUCAGUAUACUAGACAGUGAUGACUUAAAUGUCGACAAAGAGGAACAUGUCUACGACAGCAUCAUCAGGUGGUUUGAACACGAACGCGAGGGAAGAGAAGCGCACCUUCCAGAGAUAUUUGCCAAGUGCAUCCGUGUGCCUCUGAUGGAAGACACCUUUGUUGAGAAAAUUCCUCCCAUGUUUGCCGAGGCCAUCGUCCAGAAGGGGCCAGGUAGCGCCAAUGGCUACACACAGAGGCUUGGGAUGACUGCAUCAGAAAUGAUCAUAUGUUUUGAUGCUGCCCACAAACACUCAGGAAAGAAGCAAACAGUGCCUUGUCUCGAUAUAGUCACAGGGAGAGUGUUCAAACUAUGCAAACCACCAAAUGACCUGAGAGAGGUGGGAAUUCUUGUGUCCCCAGAUAAUGACAUUUACAUUGCGGGAGGCUACAGGCCAAGCAGCAGUGAAGUCUCCAUCGACCACAAGGCAGAGAGUGAUUUCUGGAUGUAUGAUCAUGCUACAAAUAGAUGGCUACCCAAAGCUCCUUUACUUCGAGCCAGAAUAGGCUGUAAACUGGCUUAUUGCUGUGGGAAACUCUAUGCAAUAGGUGGGCGAGUUUAUGAAGGUGAUGGGAGAAACCCCCUAAAAUCCGUGGAGUGUUAUGACAGCAGAGAUAACUGUUGGACAGCUGUCAGCCCAAUGCCUGUAGCAAUGGAGUUCCACAGUGCCGUCGAGUACAAAGAAAACAUCUAUGUUCUACAGGGAGAAUCUUUCCUCUGCUAUGAUCCUCAGAAAGACUACUGGGGCUUUUUAACACCUAUGACUGUGCCUAGAACCCAGGGCUUAGCAGCUGUAUAUAAUGACUCUAUCUAUUACAUAGCUGGAACCUGUGGAAAUCAUCAGCGUAUGUUUACCGUGGAGGCCUAUGAUAUUGAGCUAAACAAAUGGACUUGCAAGAAAGAUUUCCCAUGUGAUCAGUCUAUAAAUCCAUACCUGAAACUUGUACUUCUCAAUAAUAAGCUCCACUUGUUUGUUCGAGCAACCCAAGUGACCGUGGAAGAGCAUGUCUUCAGGACCAGCAGAAAAAAUUCACUUUACCAGUAUGAUGAGGGCACUGACCAGUGGAAGAAGGUGUACGAGACCCCAGAUCGCCUCUGGGACCUUGGUCGUCAUUUUGAAUGUGCCGUUGCUAAACUGUAUCCACAAUGUCUUCAGAAAGUACUUUAAUGGGAAACAGGCCUUAGGAUUUGAGUAGUAACUGAUAACUUGAGGUGACAUGUCUUAUGAUAAAACGAAGACAUUCUGUUAGUAUUUAAUGGAAGCUGAAAGAGUUGUGUUCAUGGGGAUGGGUGCUUUUAAAGAUUGCAGUGUGGGGAGGGAUUUGCUCUCAUACUUGGGAUGUUUUCAGUUCAGCAAGGGGAUGGUGACAAAGUGCAAUUAUCAGCAUUUUUCUGAUAUAAAUUUAAUCAUGUCAUUCUAGAGGGUUUCUGUGAUUAAAAACAACUAAGAUGUCAGAAGAACCAAGACAACUAUGCACUGCUGCAAAAGCUUGGGUAGCAUUACUGGAUGUGGGUGUCCAAUCUGCUUCGAAGUGACUUCUUUUAAAUACGGGUAAAAUUUGAGGCAAUAUCACUAGGUCUUUACUUUAGCUGUGAUUUAACUAACAUAGAGGAACACUCCAUUAGGUCCUGAUUCUUAAUAUUUAUACAUUUUUAUGUAUGCUAUUUCAAGUAUACUGAGGUGUUUGUUAUAUGUUCAGCUGUUACAAUAAGUUUUGAGAAAAUAUUAAUCUCAGAAAAAAAAAGCUGUUUUGGGUAAUUGACAUUUCCUAUGUGGAAUUUAAGUCAACUUAAUGAUAUAAGUUAGCGAUUUUCUGGCAGCAAAAUGUUUUUAAGUGCUAACACUUGUCUUGUUUGGGGGAGACAAAGAUAAUAAUCUGGUAAAGGGCUUUUAAACCCAAAGGCGGCUGGUGCUAGUAUACUUCCAUUUUCGUGUGGCCAGGUAAUGUUACCUGGCCUGACUGUGCUUGUCUUUCAAAGUGGUCUGCUGGUUUUAUGGCCAGAAUAUAUCAUCUGUAGACCUCUUGAUUUGAGUGGGAUUCUGCAUUUAAAAUGAUAGCAGAAUACGGCCAUUUGUUGAUUUGAAUUUCUCUCAUUCUUAUUUUCGGAAAAUUGAGAGCUUUAUAGUUUUUGUUUUUGUCUUUUUUGCGUGAAUUUGGUUCCAAAACUACUUAGUAGAUCUGACAUUUGGCUUGUCCUUAUUCCUCCAUUUCAAUUCAUCCUAACAUCGAAAAAAUGUUGUGUCUGUUCUCCACAGAAGAUAAUGUGAGAAUUGGCCUUAUUUUUGAUAGUUUUUUUUUAAAGAAAGAGACAUAGUGAACUUAAAAAUUUUUAACUUGAGUUUUUUCUUUUUUCUGUUUUUAUAUAUUUAACAUCAAAUUUAUGAAAACUAGAUCCUUUUCCUAGGGUUAGCCUCUGCUUGGUUGAAGGGGCUUGAAAAGGAGGAAAAAAAAGUGAAGAGUUUGAUAUCUAAUUUUUUUAAAUCAGUCAUAACAUAAUUGCAUCUUUAGAUUCCAAGUGUCAUUCUUUAUAUUUGACAAAUUUCUAGCACUAAUCUAAGUACGUUCAAGUGAAGAAGAACAAUUCAUUUGUAAUAUUUAAAUAAGGCAGAUAUUUGGAUCAGUAACUUAUUUUUUAUAGUCUUUAGACAAGUUGACCAUAGCAGUUAAGCAUAAUCCAGAAUCUGUCCUUAUCACAUGAGCAAUUUUUAUCUUUAAAGAAAGCAAACUGACAUAGUUCUUAUUUAAAUAUUGCACAAAUUUUAAUGUGAUACUGUGAAACAAAAAAUUUUUUAGCAUUGCCUCCUUGCAUCACAUACCUCAUUUUCCAGAAACUUACCAAACUGCUUCUUGGAGAGAUGUAUAAGUAAUGGGAGUUUUCCGAAGCAGAUUUUAAGGUUGAUGGCAUUUAUAGAGUUACAUUUUAGAGUGGAGUCCUAGAAAGCAAGACAUGUGCUUUCUUGGUGUUUGUUACAAUGCUGUUUUGUUGCAAUUUUUUUUUGAAGUACAAGUCAGUCAAUUAAAAUGUUCAUUUCCCAUCCCUCCUCCCCAGUUUUUCUUAUUCUUUGUGUAAAAUGUAUAGUUUUGCAUAGGGCUCUAUCUGCAAGCUUUUUGAAGCACCCUUCCUUACAGUGUUGCAUUAGUCUAUACAAACUGUCCUUGCAAAAAGUGUUAGUUUUUUGUUUUAAAGGCUUGGUUGACUAUUUAGAUUUCCUGCUGCUUUUUGACAAUCGGUAUUUAUUUAGUGGAACAAAAUUUUCAGCAUAUUACUUGAAAACAUGACCUAGAACAUUUGAUUUAGCAAUUGACUGAUCAUAUGAUUGUAUAGGAGUACAACAUGCUGUAGUUAACCCUACAGUAAGUUAAUUUUGUUGAUCUGCACUAAAAUACAACUUCUGUUGUUGUUGUUUUUGUUUUAUCCAUUUAUGCUGAGGGUACGAUCUGAGAUGAUAGCGUAUUCAAAAGCUAAAGCCUGCAACUUGCCAUGGAAAUGAAACCUGUUGAAUUGUAGGUGUGCAUAAUUCUUGUCUAAACAAUAAUCUAGCUGGGACCUUUUGCCACUUUUAAAAGCUUUCAAAAGAAGGCCUUAAAGUUGGAUUGGUGAUGGUUUUUGCUCUCUAGUUAGAUUUUUCAGGUAAAUUUUCAUAGUGUGGGGAGAAAAUUGGUAAAAGGUACCAUAAGCACUAUAGAAUUACAAGUUAGGGUUGUGUUGAAAGAUUAUUUAUACAGCAUCUUCCGAUAUAUUUAGAAAAUGUGAACUAAGACUUUACAGGAAAGUGAAGUUGAAAUCUGUUUUCCAUCUUCAUUUGUUAUGGUACACAGCUGACGUUAGAUUUAAGUCUCAAACUGAUUGCAGUGGUGCAUGAGACUAGGUGGAUGUGGUCUGUAAGGCAUCAAAUUCACUGUUUUAAGGCAGUUUAAAAUGGCGUUCAAUGUUCAGUGCUCAGGUAUGUAGUAAGAAGUACUGUAGUCCGGGGUGGGGGGUUGGGGCGGGAGCGGGGUGGGGGAAACGUGUGGAAUUUUUAAACAUUUUGCCAUAAUUGCACAAUUUUGCAUUUUUACUUGAUGUCAUUUAAGUUUCUUAUAAUAAAACCUAUUCUUGUUGAAAA